GCAGUCACGUCACAUGACCCUCGAGUUGUCACCGGGGGACGCGUCAAGCUAAGCGAUGGAAGCCUGGUACAUGGACGACUCCGAGGAGGACCAGAGAGAGCCGCACAGGCUCAUCCCGAAUCAGCCCGUUUCCCUGGACCAGCUGAAGAAGCUGGGGGUGUUCCACUGGAAGCUCAAUGCGGACAUCCAUGAAAGUGACCCAGAGCUGGAGCUGAUUCGCAAAGAACAAGGCUACUCCUAUAUGGACAUCAUCUCUAUUCACAAGGACACACUAGCCAACUAUGAGGAGAAGCUCAAGAUGUUCUUUGAGGAGCACCUGCACUUGGACGAUGAGAUCCGCUACGUCCUCGACGGCCGGGCCUACUUCGACGUCAGGGACAAGGACGAGCGCUGGAUCCGGAUCGCCAUGGCCAAGGGGGACCUGAUCACCCUGCCCGCCGGCAUCUAUCACCGCUUCACCCUGGACAGGACUAACUACACCAAAGCCAUGAGGCUGUUUGUGGGGGAGCCGGUGUGGAAAGCUUACAACCGGCCCGCCGAGGACUUUGACAUCCGCCAGAAGUACGUGGCCUCUCUGCAGGAACCAGGAGCCUGAGCCCCGAGCCUUUCAAAUGUCACUCUGUAGAGCAACCUGUUUGAUAUGAAACCUUGUUGCUAGUCAGUGUGCUGUAUCAAUGAGGUAAGUUAACAUGAAUCAAGUCAUUAACGCUCAUCAGAGGCAGAGUAGAUAAGGGAGGGAGGGGG